AUGCCGCCCCAAGGUAAGGCCAAGGCAGUGGCCAAGAUUAAAGCCAAGGCGAAGGCCGUGCCCAAGGUCAAGGCCAAAGCAAAGGCUGCAUCAAAUCCGGCAGCUUACCCUGAUCCGGACAUCUUGCGUGCAAGAGUGGACAAGUGUGCCUGGUGCGAAGAACGAAGGCAGGGAUGGUGUGAUCAGACCUUGAUUUUCUACUGCGAGCAUUGCUGGAGUGAAUAUGACACCCUACACGGGGCAGGAGGUGAGCAGUAUGCCGGAAAGGUUUGGCAUGAUGAGAUCCUUGAGGCGGAAAGCAUUGCGGUGGAGAACCAGGAUGAUGACAGUGGUCAGGUGCUGGAAUUCAUGAAGAAUGCGCUUGUGCAGAUUGACUCAAAGGCCACUUGUUCAAAGCUGGAGAUUGAGGGUGACAGUGAGGAAGAAGACAACGAUGAGCUUGCUCCACUACCGGGGUCCUUCAGCCAAGCUCCCAAAGCGCGUGGCCUAAAUCCCAUGAAUUCGCAGAUUCAGCAGGCCCAUGUCAUCGUCCUGGUGGACACCUCGGGGUCUAUGAGGACCAUUGAUGUCAGACCAGGCAAGGGCGAAAUAUGCGUGUCUCGGAUGUCCGCAGUGGCAGAGACGCUGGCGACUUUCUUCGAGAAGCAAGCUCUUGCCAGUUGCCCGCACUUCUUCUCCCUUCUAUCGUUCAAUGCAGCUGCAACGCAACACUUCGUCAAGAAGACUGCCACGGAGGCCAUGCAGCAGGUGGGCAAGGCCAAGGCCUUUUUCGCUGGCUACGGCACACACUUUGUUGCAGGCUUGGCAGCUGCCAAGAAGGUUCUCAACAAGGCUCCUGGCACGCCCCACUUGCUGAUCUUCAGCGAUGGUCGCCCAGCGGAUGGUAUGCAAACUCUCCAAAUGGUCCAGGACAUGUUGCUUGAGUUCCCCACGCUGCGAAUUCAUGCUAUCGGAUUUGGCGAUGGAUCGGACUUCGAGGUGUUGCAGCAGCUGACGUCGCUGGGACGGGGGGGUUUUGCCCCAUCUGGCCGCUCCAUAGGCGCUCUCCACAGUGCCUUUGCGUCUGUGACCUCAACCAUCACUCAGACGCAGACACUUACAAGUGCCACAAGCAGGUCUAGUACGUUCUCGUUCAAAAAUGGCCAGGGCCGUUCCAGUCAAGAAGAAAAUCCAUGCAACAUUGGAGACAGGAGAUGCCAACUCAGAGAUGUGAGCUUUGAGCCGGCAAACCAAUUUAGGUGGGGUGAUGACCAGUCUAUCAGUUUUGACAGCACUCGCAUUGGCUUUAGCUACGAUGGCAAAAGUUUCAAGAAGCAGGAAUAUCGCACCCGCCGAAAGGAGUUUGUGCAGAUCAGAGCAAAACCAUUCACACAAGGUGGUAUGUGCCUAGUGUACUGCUUCAAAGACUCCUCGAUUCCUCUGUUUGCAGAGCAGCGUGGACACCAACAGGCCAUGAAGGUUGCAGGUACUGAUGCUCGCAUGGUGGCAAAGAUUUCCAGGUACGAGGAUCCCUGGCACAAUUCCUUUGAGGUUGUCGCCGCAUAUUCCAAGAGCAGUGCAGUUGCAAAGUUCUAUGCGCGCGUAUUCAUGCUUGCUGCAGCUGACCGGCUGGGCUGGAAGGGGCGUAGCAUGGCCAAGAUCCUGUUCGUGGAGUGCUACAUCUAUGAAGCUAAAGAAGGAAGCCCUGCACCGAGCGGUUUCUUCCCGGUGCUUUUCUCAAGUACAAUUCCAACCACGGCUACGUGA